UAAAUUUGAAACUUUAAUAAUAAUUAACAGUAACAAAAUGGAACAUCUAACUGAAUUCGAGAAACAAGUGCUCAAUUGUGAAAACCUCGAGGACAUGGAAGUACCCCUAGCCCUCCAAGAUGAUAAUGAGCUCCUUAACAAGAACCUUGAAAGGGAAGAGGCUGAAAAUUUGGAAUUCCAGGCUAAAGUUGAAGCUAAUAACUACCUUGAAGGACUCAUUAGCUCGACCAAGAAGGAAGCUAUCAAGCAACUGAUUGAUGAGUAUAGAGCCAAUAAGUGCGAUCAUUGCUUCUUCAUGAGAUAUUUGGAAAAUUUACAGGAGAAUCCUGAUUUAGUCCAUACUGAGUAAAUUUCAAUA